UUGAGGCUAAGAAUGACUAAUAAUGUGACUGAUGGCCAGUGGCAUCAUAUUGAUCUCUUCUGGAAUACUAAGAAUGCUCGUCUUGUAGUAGACUACUGUCAGUCUGCUGUAGUGGCUGAAGCAGAAGAUGGAACAACAUUCUUCAAUGGGACAGCUUGCCAGACAGAAGCAAAAUUACCGCCAUUCAGUGAGCAUCUCAAUUUAAAUACCCCUCUGCAGAUUGGUGGUAUUUAUAAGCAUUCAGUUCAUUCAAGCCAUCACAAAUGGCAAGGCAGAGGGAAUCCAGAAGGUUUUGAUGGCUGUAUAAGAAACAUUUUUCAUAAUGGAGAGCAGCUUCUAGAUCUAUCAGGGUCUAGGAUGUCAUCAGGAACAGGAGCAGGUUGUGUCAAGAUUGAGAACAUAUGCAGAAAUCUGGAUUGUGGAAACAGAGGGUCCUGUGUUGCUGAUUUGACUGGAUCACUGCCCAUCUGUUUGUGUCAACCAGGAUGGAGUGGAAUAACAUGUGUGAAGCCAACCCAUCCAUUCACCUUCCUGCCUCAUAGCUAUGUCAAGUUUGCACUUUCUUUUGAACCUAGUCACUUCAGUACUCUUGUGCAAAUGAGAUUUAGAACAAAAGAGACAAGUGGGGAGCUCAUUCACAUAGCUGAUCACCAUUCACAAGAGUAUGCAAUACUGGAGAUACGAAACAGUGUUCUUGUAUUUCGUUACAACUUGAACAGCUAUUAUUCUGAAGAGAUAGCUAUAUGCUUGUGCUUUAUCCCUGUAAAUGAUGGAUAUUGGCAUACAGUGAAAGCAUCUCGUUAUGGCUCAACAGCUUUUCUUCAGAUUGAUGAUGGUGAAAAUGCACAAUACAAUGGGACAUUCUCCUUUAGAGGGCACCAACUGCUUGUAGCUGAUAAAAGAGAAGGGAUAUAUGCAGGUGGCAAAGCUGAAUACACAGGAAUGAAGACAUUUGAAAUACAGGCUGAUUUUAAAAAUGGUUGUAUGGAUGACAUCAGACUGUAUGGAAAAAGUCUUCCAUUACCUCCAGUGAUCAAUGCCACCCAGUGGGCUCAGGCAGUAGUAGCCCACAAUGUAGUGUAUGGUUGUACAUUAAAUGACUCUUGUGCCUUUGUUAACUGCCCAGAACCUCUCCGAUGUGUUGAAAUGUCAGAUUCAUAUGAAUGUGUAUGUGCAGAAGAAGUACUGAAAUUUGGUAACAGUGACUGCACAGAUAACAAUGGAUGUUCACAACUGCCAUGCUGGAAUGGGGGCAUGUGCAUUUCUCAAGACAUUCUGUUGCAGUAUAAUUGUUCUUGUCCUGAUGGGACAUUAGGGCCAAACUGUGAAUCUGUACUUGAAAGCCAAAUUUUCCAACUUAGUCCCAGUGCCUUAGCAGCAAUAAUAACUUGCUUUAUUUGCAUAUUUGAUGAAAAUAAACAUUCACAAGAUGACACAUAA